UAUUGCAAAGUUGUCGAAGCUCUCCAUGUCCCAUGCCCUCGCCGGCGGCCCAGAGGCUAUCGUCCCGAACGAGAACGUCGGAAAAGCACCAACACCGUCGCCGCAGCUACUGCGACCAACACCCACGCGUCCGGCAGGAGCAGCAGCGGGAGCAACAGAGGCGGUAGUAGCAGAGGCGACGGAAAGAGACGCCGUAGAGGCGACAGCCCCGUCCUCGUCGCCAUCGCCAUCACUACUCCCACUCACAUGCCCGGCACUAGCUGCAGCAGCAGCGGCGGCGGCGGUGGCAGCGGAGGUAGCGGUCGCAGUAGAAGCGGCAGUGGCGGCAGUCCCAUCCCUUUUCCCCGCCGGGAGCUCUGACGAUGACGGUGCCAACAUUUUCGGUCUCACUCCCACCGGAACCGGAGUCGGAGCUCCGAACGCACCGGCAGUGGUAGGAGAGGUUGUUGUUGCUGUUCCGGAGCUGCUGAUAUUGCCCGAGCCCCAUACACUGGAUGGCGGCCUAGAUGGCGGCCUACCGGCUGUUUCAAACGAGAAUGACGGAACAACACCAGCACCAACACCAUCGCCACCACUUCUCCCACUACUCACAUACCCGGCAGUAGCUAUAGCAGCAGCACCAGCACCACCAGCAGCGGCGGAGGAGGGAGCGGCAGCAGAUGAAGCGGUAGCCCGGUCCCCUAUCCCCGCCGGUAGCUCCACCGAUGUCGGCGUCAAUAUUUUCGGUCCGGCUGCCGCCACAGCUGGAGCUCCGAAAAGGCCCCUAGUGGCGGGAGAGGCGCUGGCAGCUACUGCAAAGUUGCUGAAGCUGCCCGAGCCCCAUGCGCUCGCUCCACUCUUGGGAGAGGCGAGAUCGGCCGGUCCGGCGCCGUCGACGGUCGAGCUCGGGGCAUCGGCUACGCGGCGUUUGGCCAGAAGGCCAGGAUACUGCCACAGCAACAUACGCCCGGGAAAUUCGUUCAUCAAUUUUUUUUUCAAGUGGGCGCGAGAGUUACGCACGGUAAAGAGAAGGCACGGGUGA